AUGAUUUGCUGCUCAUCAUCAAAGAAGAAAGAUGAUAACAAAAAACCAAUUGAGAUAUUAGAACAAAUCGCACCUGAGAAUCAAUAAGGAGAUAAAUCCUGUAGAACCAAUCAAUAGCAAGAGGUAGAGUUGGAAAUGGAAGAACGACCUAAGAAAAAUUCAGUGGGGUAUCAAGUGUAAGAUGAAAAUGUCUCAGCAUCAAUAUGUCCCUCAUUUGUGGUUGGCAAAACUCCGUUUACUCUUUUCGUUAUGAGUCUCCUUGAGAAAUAAUAAAACAUGAAAAAGGAGUCUCAAUAACAGGAGGAAAUGAAGAUCGACUUUUAGGAAGAUUUGAGUGUGAUUGUCAGUUACCCCCAAAUAGAGGCUGAAGUUAAGAAUAACGAAAAAGACAAAUCAUAACUUGUAGACAUUCCUGAUCAGCCUGAAAUGACGAUCGAGAGAUGUUCAGAGGAGGAGGCCAAGAAUGCAGCCAUCUUCAAAUGGGCCAAAGAAAUACAUGAUUACAAUACAGACAAUACUGAAGAAUUGAUUUCGAAGGCUGUCUCUAAUUUUAAACCACUUCAAUCAAAGGAGGAAUCAAGGUCCACCUUAGCACAUAAGGAUGGAGGUAAAGUGUGCAAAAAUAAAAAAUUAAUUAGAACCUUGAGAGCCAUUGGCAAAGAGUUGAUCAAAUAAAUUGGUAAACACAAUUUUAUCUGGAAAUUUAAAUUUAACAACUCACUUGAGAAGGUCUUGAUGUCUAGUUGUCUCUUCCCACUCUACAUCAACAGAGCUGUUCUGGAGAAAGAUCCCAUCGAAAGAAUGAAGCUAAUUAUUUGUGCCACCUUAGGUAAUUUCUAUUUGAAUUGCUCCUUUCUCAAACCCUUAAAUCCCAUCCUUGGAGAAACCAUCUCUGGUCUCUAUCAAGAUGGCACUACCGCAUAUGCUGAACAGAUCUCACACCACCCCUCCCAUUAUUAUAAAUUUUAUGGUUAUUACAAUUACGAGGCCAAAGCAGGAGUCAACUCACUCUCCUUGAGGAAUAAAGGCAAAAGGUUUUUGUAAUUUGCUGAUGGAGAAUUAAUUGAGUACAACUUCGCCGGAGAAGAAUAUAGUGGUAGUUUCUGGGGUCCCAUGAAAGUCGAAUGCAAAGGCAAGAUUACAUUUUUGGAUAAAAAGAACGACAUUUCAGCUUGUGUUGAAUUGGAUAGUGUAAGGUGGAAGGCAUCAGAUUACUUGUCUGGAGAAAUCAAACAGAAAGGCAAAAAAGUCUGUAAAAUCUAUGGAUCCUAUAUGGGCUACAUAGAAUUUGGAGAAGUCAGAUAUUGGGAUGUCAAUUACAUACGUCCAUACGAAUGCAAAGUCUUUAAACCUAAUCAAUUUCUUUUGAGUGAUGCUUCCUUCAGACCAGAUUUAAGAUAACUUAAACGCAAUAAAGUACAAGAGGCUCAGAAAGAGAAGGAUGAUCUGGAAAUGCAAUAGAGACAAGAUGCUAAACUCAGAAAACCCAAAAAAUGA